UUAAGCUGGUUCUCAUUGGCUUAACUUGCAAAAGUUUUGGAACUCGGCUAUGAUUUAAAUAAGUGUCCCUGAAAUUGGCUGUCUGUGCACUUCUCCCACUUUUUUCUUCCUUUCUUCCCACCAUUAACAGAUGUAUUCACUAAUUUCUUUCUUCUUUCAAAUUCACAACAUUGUCUAAACAUAAUCAUGAGCCAACAUUCUCUCUUUAAGCGUUAACUAAAGGGAGAUGUUGAUUAUCAAUUCAUUAGCACGACUGUAAAAUGCGUUUGUGCAAAUUUCCAUUUCUGAUACCUCUGCUCAACUCUUGUAAAACCUGCACUUCAUCUCUUUCCCACUGCUCCACCUUUCUUUCACCUUCCGUAAUUCAACCCAAUCAGCUUCAUUUAACUCAUCAACAACAACAAAAACGAACCCCCGAAGUACAAGAAUUUGACAUUGAUCGAACCUUAAUCGACAGAGCUUACUGGACAAGACGAAUUCACAAGCUUUGUUCUAUUGACGGCAAUGUCGACGAAGCUCUUAAACUCCUCGACGAUCUUCAACUUCAAGGCUAUCACCCCGACUCUCUUAAUCUCAGCAGUAUCAUCCACGCGCUCUGUGAUUCCCAUCGCUUUUCCGAAGCCCAUCAACGCUUCCUUCUCGCUGUUUCUUCCCAUUUUACUAUCCCUGAUGAGCGCACUUGUAACGUACUUAUUGCUCGUUUGCUUAAAGCAAUUACUCCGUAUGCAACUGUGCGUGUUAUUUCCUCUUUGUUCUUCCAGAAGCCUCAGUUUGUGCCAUCGUUGAUGAAUUACAAUCGUUUAAUCCAUCAACUUUGUGGUUUUGGAAGAAUUGUAGAUGCACAUAAGCUGUUUGUUGAUAUGAGAAAGAGAGGGCAUUCUCCUAAUGCUGUUUCGUAUACUACUUUGAUUGAUGGGUAUUGUGGGGUUGGCGAGGUAAGGGAUGCAGAGAAGCUGUUCGAUGAAAUGUCUGAAUGUGGAGUGAUACCUAAUGCUCUUACUUAUAGCGCUUUGAUUCGGGGGAUUCUUCGAAAACGGGAUAUUGAUUAUGGAAAACAACUGAUUACGAAGCUUUGGGAUGUGAUGCUUGAUGAAGAGGAUAUGCAUGUGAACAAUGCAGCAUUCUGUAACGUGAUCAAUUGCUUGUGUAGGGAAGGGUUCUUCCAUGAAGUGUUUAAUAUCGCUGAAGAUAUGCCUCAGGGUGAAAAUGUGGCUCGGAGUUUUGUAUAUGCCCAAAUGAUAGAUUCACUUUGUAGAUUUGGGAGGUAUAAUGGAGCUGCUAGGAUAGUUUAUGUGAUGAGAAAACGAGGGUUUAAUCCAAGCUUAGUGUCAUAUAAUACAAUUGUACAUGGUCUUGUUAAAGAAGGCGAUUGUUUCAGGGCAUAUCAGUUGUUGGAGGAAGGGAUUCAAUUUGGCUACUUGCCGUCAGAAUUCACUUAUAAGUUAUUGGUAGAAGGUCUGUGUCAUGAAAAUGAUCUUGUUAAGGCCAAGGAAGUCCUCAAUGUGAUGUUAAAUAAGAAAGACCUCGACAGAACAAGGAUUUAUAAUAUAUAUCUCAGAGGUCUUUGUGUUGUUGACAAUCCAACUGAGCUUUUAAAUGUCCUUGUCACCAUGCUUCAAACUCAAUGUCAACCAGAUGUGAUCACCCUGAAUACUGUUAUUAAUGGCUUCUGCAAAAUGGGAAGAGUUGAGGAGGCGCAAAAGGUUUUCAAAGAUAUGAUGGUGGGGAAGUUUUGUGCCCCGAAUGGUGUCACGUUCACAACUGUUAUUAGCGGUUUUUUAAAACUCGGGAAGGUUGAGGAAGCUCUUGCAUUAUUGGAUGUAGUUAUGCCUGAAAAAGGUUUAAAGCCCAACGUUGUAACAUAUAAUGCAGUUAUCCAGGGGUUAUUCAAGUUACAUAGGGUCGAUGAAGCUAUGGAGAUUUUCCGUAGCAUGGUAAGUGGUGGCAUCGCUGCUGAUUGCACGACGUAUACUAUUAUUAUUGAUGGAUUGUUUGAAUCCAACAAAGUUGAUGAAGCCAAAAGAUUCUGGAAUGAUGUAGUUUGGCCCUCAGGAGUUCAUGACAGUUACUUAUAUGCUGCCAUUCUCAAGGGGCUUUGUCGCUCUGGCAAAUUGAAUGAUGCUUGUGAUUUCUUAUAUGAGCUAGUAGAUUGUGGGGUUACUCUUUGUGUCGUCAAUUACAACAUUGUUAUUAAUGGUGCUUGCACAUUGGGUUUGAAGAGAGAAGCUUAUCAGAUUCUUGGUGAAAUGAGAAAGAAUGGACUAGAACCUGAUUCUGUAACAUGGAGAAUUCUGGAUAAAUUGCAUGGCAAUUUUGAAAAUGAGUUCUGCGAGGAUUUGACAUGUAAUCAAGUGGGGGUGUAAGAUAAUUCGGUUGUUGAAGAACUUUGGUUUCAAACAAAGAGUAACGGUUACAUGAGUUGUCUAAGUUGUCUUAGACAUGAACCCUGUUAAACUGUUGUCUCUGGAGAUAUUUAUGUUUUCAUGAUAAUAGGAUGUCUUUUAUAGUAAAAGCGGUAUUACUCAUGAUGAAAUGAGAUAUUGCUUCUGCUACAUAUCUGAUCCUGGAAUACCGAUGGAGAGAGCAUUGGAUGUCUGAGACUGACCAGUUAUACAGAAUCCAAACUGUUUAGCAGGAGAUUGAUCAUUUACAAGGAGCGAGGUAAAAGAAGAAAAGAAACUGCAACAUAUCUAUGAACUACUCAGAGAAGUAGUGGGAAGGUGGUUCAUCGUAUUAGAUGAAUGUACUUCUUGUUUAAUAUCUCUUCAAUAUAUUACUCAUAGCCAUUAUGAUUUUUUUUAUUUUUUAUAAGUUUUUAAUUUACACAUUCAUCUCAAAUUAACUCAAUAACGAGAUGUAUUCCCUUCUAUCUGAAUGUACUAUUUCUAUAAUGGUCAAGCAAAAUUUGAUGAUUCAUUAUCUGAGAGUUUCCUUCUUUUA